UGUGUAAUAAAAAUAUCAUUCACCAUGAAAACUUGUUUGGCUUUGUUAAGUUUUGUGGCCCUCUCUUUUGGGGCCCCAAAAUUACCUAAUGUAUUCCCAAUACCAGAUGGCAGGAUCGUGGGUGGAGACUCCGUCGACAUAAAAGAUUACCCUUACCAAGUCUCAGUGCAAUUUUUUAAUGAACAUGGUUGCGGAGGUACAAUUGUUGGCAACAAAUGGAUUGUUACUGCCGCUCAUUGCACUGUAGAAUAUAAAAGAUUUGUUGGCCUUGUCUCUAUUAGAGCAGGAUCUUCAAAGUUAGAACGAGCAGGUCAAGUGAUAAAAGUUAAAAAAAUAUACAUUCAUCCGAAAUACGAUGAUUCUACAACAGACUACGAUAUUUCAAUCCUGGAACUUAAAAAAGAAAUAACAAUUGAAAAUGCUAAACCCAUCCCAUUAGCUCCUGCCAAGUCUUCUGUUGCACCUGGGUCUAUUGCUACCAUUACAGGGUGGGGAGACACCCAGGAAUAUGGUAAUUUAGCAAACGUUUUACAGAUGGUGCAAAUACCAAUAGUUUCCACUGAGGCUUGCAAGCAAGCAUAUGGCGAAAGUAUAACCGAAAGAAUGAUAUGCGCAGGCUAUACCGAAGGUGGUAAAGACUCCUGUCAAGGAGAUUCUGGAGGUCCUCUUGUUAUUAAUGGAACUUUAACUGGCGUAGUUUCUUGGGGCAAUGGAUGUGCUCUUCCUGGAACUCCAGGAGUUUAUAGUAGUAUUCCAGCGCUGAGAACCUGGGUUGACUCUGUUAUCAAUAAAUGAUUUUUUGUUUACUUAAAUAUAAAUAAAAUUAUUAAGUUAUGAUGCUAU